GAAAAAAGAAAAAACAAGAAUAAAAGAAACCCUGUUUUGAUUGGGUAUAUAUUUAGUUCAUUGAAUUGAUAUACAUCUUAUAGAAUAAUUUACACUUGUAUUUAUUAUACUCUAAAUUGAAAAUGAAUUUACCAUUUGUGUAUACAUCACAUAACCAAGCAUAGAUAGAUAGGAUAGGAUAGAUACAUAGAUACAUAGAUGGAUAUACAGUAACCAAGCAAAUUAUUAACUGUAUAGUGAUAUAUACUUCAGGAAGAUUGAAAGUUGGAAUAAAGAUUUUGGAAGGUUUAUAUGAUGAUGAUGUAUCUUCCAUAUGUUUGAUACAAGUUUCUAAUGUUAUAACAUUACUAUUACUAUUACUACUACUAUUAUUAUUAUUAUUGUAAUCCAAAUUACAUAACAUGGUUAGUUACAUAAUAAAAAGACACAUCUGGUUAUAUUGUUCAAUUAUAAUUAUAUUAAAUCUCGUAUUAAACUAGUUUAAUUUUGUCGCCUAACUAAAUCAUCAUCAUCAUCAGCAGCAGCAGCAGCAUCAGCAUAAGCAUCUACAUCAUCAUCAUUUGUUUCAAUCUUAUUGUAUAAACAUCUGUAUUUAACUUAUAGAAAAAAACAUUCAGUGAAACAAGUUGGUUCCCUUUUCUCUCUCUCUCUCUCUCUCUCCCUCUGUCUCUCCGUCAAGAAAAGAAAACAAAGCGGAUCAGUUUAUUUCAUCAUAAUUUACAUCUUCUAUUCAAAUAUACCAAAAAAAUAACAUGUACACCAUACCCCACCCUCCCCCCCCAGAAAAAACAAACAAACAAAAAACUUGGCUACACAUUUGAUUCAAUCAAGAGAAAUUCAUUCCAUGUUAUUAACUCUGUUUUCAUAUUUAUAUAGACAAUAAUAGUUUUCUUGUUUUUUGUAUUUUUGUUGUUGCUAAGGCAUACAUAUAUAUAUAUAGCUAUAACUACAAAGACUCAUUAUACAUUCAUGAGUAGAGGAUAGUAAUGGGAAAAAAUUGUUUAAAUUAAUCAAAUUAUUUAUUCACAAAUGAUAUUCCAUUACAUGAUACAUUCUAUUCUAAUCUAUAUUGGAUUAAAUUUAAUAUACCCAUUUAGUAUUAAAAUUUCAAUAUGUAGUAUGAAUUCAGGAAAUUGGGUCUUUGAUUUAUUAAUGUUAAGUCAUUUGAAAAAGUUGGAUUCACCUUUAUAUAUGCCUGUUAAACCUAAUAAUCAUAUAACCAAUCCUUUUGAACAUCAUUAUUUAAUGAAUCCUUCAAAUGUUCUCAAUUCAUCUGGACGUAAACUGACUCGAGCUAGUAGUAGUACUGAAAGUCAAGAUCAUCUUCUAUCCAAUCAAAAUGAAUUAAAUCAAUUCGAUAAUCAUCUUCAACUUCCUAUUCAAUCAUUUCCUUCAAAUGAUAUAGAUUUAUCUAAUCAUGAAAUAAGUAUAUGUCAUACAUUAUCUGGUUUAACUAAUCGUCAAAGAUAUAUAUGUUUACAACAUAAUGGAUUAAUAUGGGCAAUGCUUGAAGGUACACAUUUAGGUAUGCAUGAAUGUGUACAUCAAUUUAAACAUGAACAAUGGAAUUGUUCAGCUGUUAAUUUAUUAUAUCGUACUCAUAUUAAAUCAUCUAGUUUAUCAUUAACACAUGGAUUAGAGGGGAUUUUACAACGUGGAUCUAGAGAAACUGCGUUUCUAUCAUCCUCAUGGUCAGCUGGUGUUGUACAAGCAAUAACACGAGCCUGUAGUCGAGGUCAGAUGGGAACAUGCGAUUGUGAUCCACAUCGACGUGAAGGUCAAGGUAGAGAUGCUGAAGGAAUUUUCACUUGGGGUGGAUGUAGUGAUCCUAUACGAUUCGGUAUGCGUUUAGCACGUUUAUUUUUGGAUGCAAAUGAUGAAGAACAUCGUAAUGCUGCAGUGCAAAGGGAACAGGAACUUCAUGAACAAAGAAUUCAACUAUUAUCAUCAAUGAGAUUGAGUAGUCAAAAUAAACGAAAUCCAAGAGAAUCACAAAGAAUGUAUAGGUUUCCCCGUUCAUCUAAUAACAGUACAUCUGAUCAAAAUCUCAAACCAAAUGGUAUAGAAAAUGUUAAAAAUAUAGUAAAACCAGUGAAUAAAACUAAACCUAUCCUUUCAGCCAGAGAACUACAAAGGGAGACAUUACAAAUUAUUCAAACCAAAGCUAGAACAUUAAUGAAUUUACACAAUAAGAAAGCUGGAAGACGAUUGAUAUGGAAAAAUCGUAUUACAAAAUGUAAAUGUCAUGGUGUUAGUGGUGCUUGUUCAAUGAGAACAUGUUGGCAACGUGUUAAUGAAUUUCGUCUUAUUGGCAUGAUGUUAAAAGCAGCAUAUGAUUCAGCUAUACAUGUAACUUAUGAACCAAGAAUAGAUCAACUGAAACGAAUCAGUAACAGAAUCAAUUCGAAUCAAAAUAACAACUAUAUGACUAGGAGGAAUCUUCCUGUGGUAUCAUCAAAUCGUAAUCAAGAUUCAAGGAAUUGGUUAGUAUUAAUUAAAAGUCAUAGUAAUAAUAGUUCUCAACAUGAUUGGAAUGAUUAUUCAAAUAAUGGACGUCUACAGAGAAGAUGGCCUCGGACGGCGAUGACUAAAUCAAAAGAGAUACCAAAGAAUCAAUUAGUUUAUUUAGAGGAAUCACCGAAUUAUUGUUUUUUUGAUGAAACUAUAGGUCAUUUAGGUAUUGCUGGAAGACAAUGUAAUGCUACAUCAAAAGAUGCUAUUAAUUCAUGUUCACGUUUAUGUUGUGAUCGUGGUUAUGAUACAUUAGAAUUGGAACGUGAACAAAAAUGUGAAUGUAAAUUUUUUUGGUGCUGUGAAGUUCGAUGUAAUAUAUGCCGUGACAAAACAACUCUACAUCAUUGUAAACACUAAAAGAAGAACAAGAAUAAGAAUAUGAAGAAGACGACGACGAAGAAGAACAAGGCAAAUGGAAUUUAUUCAUAUUUGAAGAUCUAAUAAUCUCAAAUUACACAAUUAUUCAUUCAUUAAUUAUCUUCAUCUAUAUCUAAAUUGAAUAUGUUUAUAGAAUGUUUAUAGUUAUGAUCUUAUCCAUGGUGAUUAUAAUCAUAAAUUUGAGAAAGAGUAAAGUAUCCAAGUGAUUGUAAACAUGACUUUUUUUUUCUCUUUUUUUUUGUUUCCUUUAUUUUUUCUUCCAUAAUUACCAUAACAUUAAUGAAUAGGGAUACUUUUGAUUAGUUGUUUUGUUGUCAUAUCAAAAUGAGUAUACCAUUGAUAUGAUUGAAGAAUUUGAAUAGUAUUCAAAGUUCCAUUGUUGUCUUCUUUAAUAAGGGUACAUUCUUUUGAUAGUAAUUUAAUUUCGAUAAUGCAAUCAGGAGACGAAGGUUAGCAGAUUUAUGUGAUGAUAUAUUACAUCAUAUAUAUUACAUU